AAAUUGAUUCUAAAGUUAUUUAUAAAACAUUUUGUAGUGAUAAUUCUUAUCUAUAGUCCUAAUAAUUAUUGAUACAAAACAUUAACAACUUCUAUAAAAAAAACAUUAAAAUAAUAAAUAACAUAAAUGACUAGUAACUAAUUAUGCAUUCCAAAGUCGAGUCAUUUUCAAUGUUAAAAAAACAGUUAUUUAACGAUAUUAGUGAAUCACAUUUAAUCUGUAGAAUCUACUAAAAACGAUGAAAAUAACAUAUGAUAUAAAGUAAUGGCGCUGUCAUGCACGCAAAAGCGGAAGUAAUUAUACUAUGAUAGGGCUACUACCCAUUUGAUCUUAAAAUUAUGUGAUGAAAUGCAAUAAAUGGAAGAUUUUCAUUCCAAUCAUUUAGAAUGGCAACAUUUUGGUCAGGGAGACCUGGAUGGCUAGGGAAAUUAGGAAUAGCUUUGCUAGCUACAUGGCUUUUAAUAUUAAUUAUAUCAGUUCUACAUGUCUUCAAAACAAAUUCGAUAUCGUCACAAGAUGGAAAUCCUACGAAUAAAGAAAAUGCUCAACGUUUAGCACAAAUGAUUAAUGAUUUUGAGAUUCUUAAGAAGCAAAAUGACGGUCUAAAAAAUAUUAUAUUAAGGGAUGGAGUAAAAUCUAUACAAGGGGAUCAUUUGGGCUCUGUUCAAGAAAGAGCCGAUAGAGCUUCAAUUUAUUAUGAUCUAUUAGAUCAGCAUGUUGGAUCUAAACAUAUACCUUCAUUAGAAUAUGAAGAAUUACGUCGUAGAAUAAGAAAUAAUGUACAGGAAAUGUGGUAUUACAUGAGUGCUGAAUUAACAAAAUUCAAAAAGCACCUAGAUGAAUUUACUCUUGAACAAAAAGAAAAAGAAGUUCAAGAUGCUGUAAGUAACAUUUGGGAACAUAAGAAGUCUCUUAUUAUGGAUUUAGAUAGAUUAACAAAAGCUGAUGGUUAUAAUGACUGGCGGAAAAAAGAGGCAAAAGAAUUAUCGGAUCUUGUCCAAAGUCGAUUUAGGUAUCUACAAAAUCCUACUGAUUGUAAUAAAGCAAAGAAGUUAAUAUGCAGUUUAAAUAAAGGCUGUGGUUUUGGUUGCCAAAUACAUCAUAUCACUUAUUGCUUUUUGGUCGCUUAUGGAACGGAACGAACGCUUGUAAUCAAAUCAAAAGGUUGGAGAUAUCGUAAAGAAGGUUGGGAAUCAGUUUUUAAACCUCUUAGUGAUACAUGUUUAUCUACAAAUGGUGUAUCUCAUGCUAAUUGGCCUGGUGAUCCUUCUAAGCAAGUUAUUUCCUUGCCAAUCGUGGAUAAUGUUUAUCCUAAACCAAAAUUUCAACCUCCCAGUGUACCAGCAGAUAUAGCAGAAAGGUUGAAGAAGCUUCAUGGUCAUCCAUUAGUUUGGUGGGUUGGACAGGUGUUAAAAUACUUGAUGCGGCCUCAGGAUAGUAUGCAAAAAGUAUUAGAUAAUGCUAAGGAAAAAUUAGGUUUCAAAAAACCUAUUGUUGGCGUUCAUGUUCGUAGAACCGAUAAAGUCGGUACUGAAGCAGCAUAUCAUGAUAUAGAUGAAUAUAUGACUAAGGUAGAUCAAUAUUUUGAUGAACUCGAGACAAAGCCAGAUGUAAAACGAGUAUUUUUGGCUAGUGAUGACCCAAAAGUAAUUACAACAGCAAGAAAUCGCUAUCCUAAUUAUAAAAUUAUUGGUGAUCCAGAAAUAGCUGAGACAGCAUCAGUAUCAAAACGUUAUUCAGAUUCAUCUUUACAAGGAAUAAUUAUAGAUAUACAUCUUUUAUCCUUAUGUGAUUAUCUAGUGUGUACAUUUAGUUCACAAGUAUGUAGAGUUGCAUAUGAAUUAAUGCAAACUUAUUACCCAGAUGCAUACAAUAAGUUUGCAUCAUUGGAUGAUAUUUACUAUUACGGUGGACAAAAUUCACAUCCUCAUGUAGCUAUUUUGGAUCAUAAACCGAGAAAGAAUGGCGAAUUGGAAUUGAAGACCGGUGAUUUAAUUGAAGUUUAUGGAAACCAUUGGGAUGGUUAUUCCAAAGGGUAUAACACCAGAACUAGUAUGACAGGACUAUUUCCUAGUUUUAAAGUAAAAAAUCCUGUUGAUGCUGUUGACUUUCCAAAAUAUCCAGAUAUAAUGUUACAUGAAAAUAAAAAUAAUUAAGAGAUCACAUUUUGGUAAUAACCAAAUAAUUAGAUAUAAAUAAUUUUAUUAGAUUUUAUUAAUUGCUUGCAGAGAAUUGUAGUUUACUCUUUUAAUUAAAUUAUAUUAUAAAAAAAGAUAGUAUGACUCAUGAUGUAUAUAUUUUGCUAUUUACAACUGAGAAGAGUCAGUUAUUGUAUAUUCUAUAUAUGUACGAAUUGGGAUAAAGAAAAAUUUAUUAUAUUUACUUAUGUGCAAUCACUGCUGCAAAUGAAUGUAUUUAUGAAAGUUAUAAAAUAUAAUUGUACACAUUAAUAAAUUAUUACUGUAUACAAUUAUAUGAUCAUUACAACUGACAAUAUAGAAAAAAAAAUACGAUAAGUUAAAUGAAUUGUAAAAAAAAUCUUACAAUAUAAAACAAAGUUAUUUAAAAAAAAAAAAAAAAGAAAAAAAAAGAAAAAAAAAUGUUUGAAGCAAACAUUAUGUAGCAAGCAGUGUACAGAAAACUUUGUUAUAAUUUUAUUGAUAUAGAAAAGCAUGAUUGUUAAUUUCAUCAGAGGUUUAAGUAGCAUUUGUUAUAUAUUAUAUAUUAAUUUUUUCUAGUGAAAAAAGAAAAUAUAUUCAUCCCACUUCUUAUAAGCAACAAAAGUGUAAUAAUAAUUGAAAGUCUAUAGGAAAUUAUAAAACAAACAAUACAUUGUGCAAUAUGUUCAUGCAAGGUAUUGAAUCGACAACCUAAUGAUAAGGUACACUACCACAUGGAAAAAAUUUUAUCUGUGGUCAGUUCGUAUGUUGUAUCAAUAUUUGUAAAUAAAAUUAAAUGCCAUCUUUAUAGAACCUUCUUUAACGUUAUAUCUUGUAUCGUUUUUUAGCAAUUUAUAUUAAAAUAGUCACAAUGUCGUAACAAUAUGUACAAUUCAUGUAUUACAUGAUUCAUAUGUCUAUUAAAACUAAUUUCUAAGUAUUAUUUUAAACAUAGAUGAUCUUUUGAAAUUGAUAAUAUUAAAUGCUUUUUAUAAAAAACAAGUUAAAUAGUUAAUGUACACGAACAUCGAGCUGAGCCAUAGAGGCCUAUUUGUAUUUAGGAUUAUGCGCGCGUGCACACAAACCCUAUAUAUAUUGUAAUAUAUUUUAUAUUAUAUACCAAUCAUUAAUAACAUUUGUUAUAUUAUUAUAAGAUUCAAUUUGAUUUUUAAUAAAUAUUUAAGCUUUGAGAGGA